AGAUCCUACAGUAGAAUAGCUAUAACGAAAGUCACAAGUCAAGAUCGUUUAUUCACUACUGGAUUAUGCAGACUUGAAGUACACAAAUAUCCUCGACCAGCUUUAGCAUCCUUGUAUAAAAAAAUUAUGCGAUAUUUACAGAAGCUACCAAAUGAUUAUCCUUAUAGGCUUUGUACUGAAAAAUUAAUUCAAGAUAGAGCUGAAAUAAUUAAUAAUACUGAAUCCGAAAUAGAAAUUGAAAAAAAAAUUGGAUGGCAAAUGGAAGAAUUAAUUUUUUAUGCCGAUGAAGAGUUUAAAUUAAUAAAAAAUAUAUUAGAAUGUAAAUGUUGGGAAUCAAUUAACAAUGAAAAUAUAGUUAAUCAAUGGUCAUGGCCGCCACAUGUCUAACACGUUUAAUGAAUUAAUACAUUUUAUUCAGAAUAAUUAUGUUAGUUAAAUAUAUAUGUAGGA